UCAUUCACCUCUGCACUGCGGCCGAGGGAGGCCCGCCCUGGCGUGGGCUGCUGCCUGUGGCCUUGGGCAGGCAUGAGCAAAGGGGCCAGGGGGGUUGCCUGUCCUCCCCCACCCUGUGGGGGCCUCCCUCCCCCUCUACUGGGCCUAGGUUAAUUAUAACUCUGACCUAAGUGCCCUGUGACGUGCCCAGGCCAGCCCUUCCUAGGAGACCCAGCAACCAGGUCCAUGUCUCAGCCAUGCUCCCCACGGAAGUGCCCCAGUCCCACCUGGGCCCCUCAGUGUUGCUUCUGCUGCAGCUGCUGCUGCCCCCCACAUCUGCCUUCUUCCCCAACAUCUGGAGCCUGCUGGCUGCCCCUGGCUCCAUCACCCACCAAGACCUAACUGAGGAGGCAGCACUCAACGUCACCCUGCAGCUCUUCCUGGAGCAGCCACCCCCAGGCCGCCCCCCUCUUCGUCUUGAGAACUUCCUGGGUCGAACACUCCUUGCCGAUGACCUCUUUGCCGCCUACUUUGGACCUGGUUCUCCUUCUCGGCGGUUCCGAGCAGCCUUAGGUGAGGUGUCUCGUGCCAAUGCAGCCCAGGACUUCCUGCCGACUUCCAGGAAUGACCCCGACCUGCACUUUGAUGCUGAGCGACUGGAUCAGGGACGCGCGCAACUGGUAGGGGCUCUGCGGGAGACCCUGGUGGCAACCAGAGCCCUUGACCACACCCUGGCUCGCCAGCGCCUCGGGGCUGCACUUCAUGCCCUGCAGGAUUUCUACAGUCACAGCAACUGGGUGGAGCUGGGUGAGCAGCAGCCACACCCUCACCUCCUCUGGCCAAGACAGGAGCUCCAGAACCUGGCACAAGUGGCUGAUCCUACCUGCUCUGAUUGCGAGGCGUUGAGCUGCCCUGGGAAUUGGCUGGGCUUCACACUCCUCACCUCUGGCUACUUUGGAACUCAUCCCCCGAAACCUCCAGGGAAAUGUAGCCACGGGGGCCAUUUUGACCUGAGCAGCUCCCAGCCACCGAGGGGAGGCAUCAACAAGGACAGCACAUCCCCAGGCUUCUCCCCUCACCACAUGCUGCACCUCCAGGCUGCAAAACUGGCCCUUCUAGCCUCCAUCCAGGCCUUCGGCCUUCUGCGAAGCCGCCUGGGAGACAGGGAUUUCUCCAGGCUGCUGGACAUCACCCCAGCCUCCAGCCUGAGCUUUGUCCUGGACACCACAGGCAGCAUGGGUGAGGAGAUCAACGCUGCCAAAAUCCAGGCUCGCCACAUUGUGGAGCAGCGGAAGGGCAGCCCCAUGGAGCCUAUCCACUAUGUCCUGGUGCCUUUUCAUGACCCAGGGUUUGGCCCUGUCUUUACAACCAGUGACCCUGACAGCUUCUGGCAACAGCUUAAUGAGAUCCAUGCCUUGGGGGGUGGAGACGAGCCUGAGAUGUGCCUGUCAGCCCUGCUGCUGGCCCUGCUGCACACACCUCCACUCUCAGACAUCUUUGUCUUCACGGAUGCCUCCCCCAAGGAUGCCUUUCUCACCAACCAGGUGGAAUCCCUGACUCAGGAACGUCGCUGCCGGGUAACAUUCCUGGUGACUGAAGACACAUCAAGGGUUCAGGGACGAGCUCGGCGUGAGAUCUUGUCCCCUCUGCGUUUUGAGCCAUAUAAAGCAGUGGCCCUGGCCUCAGGAGGAGAAGUGAUCUUCACCAAAGACCAGCACAUUGGAGACGUGGCAGCCAUUGUUGGGGACAGCAUGGCUGCCCUGGUGACUCUUCCCCUGGACCCUCCUUUUGUGGUGCCUGGGUGGCCACUUGUGUUCAGCGUGGAUGGGCUGCUCCAGAAGAUCACAGUCCGGAUCCACGGGGACAUCAGCAGCUUCUGGAUCAAGAACCCUGCAGGGGUCUCCCAGGACCAGAAGGAAGGCACGGGUCCUCUAGGUCACACUCACCGCUUUGGGCAGUUCUGGAUGGUGACCAUGCAUGACCCUCCACAGACAGGAACCUGGGAGAUCCAGGUCACAGCUGAGGACACCCCUGGGGUGAGAGUGCAAGCCCAGACCUCCCUGGACUUCCUCUUCCACUUUGGGAUCUCCAUGGAGGAUGGACCCCACCCUGGCCUCUACCCCCUGACUCAGCCAGUUGCAGGUCUCCAGACCCAGCUGCUGGUAGAAGUGACAGGGUUGGGUUCCCAAGCGAAUCCUGGGGAUCCUCAGCCGCAUUUCUCCCACGUCAUCCUUCGAGGGGUCCCAGACGGUGCCGAACUAGGCCGGGUGCCUUUGGAGCCCGUGGGACCUCCGGAGCGAGGUCUCCUCGCAGCCUCGCUGCCGCCCACGCUGCUGUCCACCCCUAGACCCUUCUCCCUGGAGCUGAUUGGCCAGGACGGAGCGGGGCGGCGCCUGCACAGGGCUGCCCCUCAGCCUAGCACUGUAGUCCCUGUCCUUCUGGAGCUUAGUGCCCCCUCGGGUUUCUUGGCCCCGGGCAGCAAGGUCCCGCUCAGUCUCCGCAUCGCCAGCUUCUCGGGCCCUCAGGAUCUUGACCUUAGGACUUCCGUCAACCCCAGCUUCUCCCUCACCUCCAACCUCUCCAGGGCUCACCUGGAACUGAAUGAGUCGGUCUGGGGCCGCCUGUGGCUGGAGGUCCCAGACUCAGCGGCCCCGGAUUCCAUGGUGAUGGUGACUGUGACUGCAGCGGGACGAGAAGACAGCCCAGUGCCCCCGACUCAUGCUUUCCUCCGGCUCCUGGUAUUGGCCCCAGCCCCGCAGGACCAGCUCGCCACCCCUACCAGCUCAUCUGACCCAACCCUCACCACGGCCACCCCUGCCUUUUCCCCCUUCACAUUGGUGACUGAAGGCAGGGCUGGGGCAGGGUUGGCGGGCAGCCCCUGGUGGGGCACAGUUGGAGGGUUGCUGCUUCUGCGAGGCCUGGCCUCCUGGUGACACAAGAGACUCUAGAGGGAUGGGUCUCCAGCACUAUUUUCAACCUGCCCCAUUGGUAAGAAGACCUGGGACACAUUUGUCACAUAGGCCUUAGGACCUUGCCUCUCCUAGCUGGGAUGAAGGUUUUCUUUUUCUUUUUUUUGAGACGGAGUUUUGCUCUUGUUGCCCAGGCUGGAGUGCAGUGGCCCAAUCUCGGCUCACUUCAACCUCCGCCUCCCAGGUUCAAG